AAUUUUGCUAACACACAGGACUCACCUGACACUUGGUACUAGUACUAGUGCGGGUCCUUCUAUCUGAAUGGUUGAACAGGGGUAUUUGUAUGGACCUACGGAUCCGCGGAUGUUGGAUCCGCAGCCCGGUCAAAUAGACACGUCACGAGGACUCGUUCCACAAAGUUCACACUGGCAGAGACUCUAUUUAAAUAGCAGGGUUUGGGGUAGACCAAGAUAUUAUUCGCCACUCCCACACUAGUACUAGUAGCACCGUUUACUGCAACCCUCGUUCACUGACUUCCUUCACCAUGUCUGCCAGCUCGAUAGCUGCCGAACCGCGCUCCAAAUCCGCAGAUUCUGUUUCUUCCCCAUUGCCCGACGUAUUUCCAGAUAUCAGCUCAAUUACAGGCCCUGCAAUAGAUCUUUACGAAGAUGGCUACAAUGAUCCAGUCUAUCAGGCGAAAGCUCGCAUCUUAAAUCAUGCAAUACAAGAUAUCGGCAUGGGUAGAUAUCAGUGGUAUCUCUUCGUGGUCACCGGCUUUGGCUGGUUUGCUGAUUCGGUUUGGCCCCUUUUGAGCGGACUCAUCCUCACACCUGUCGUCAAUGAAUUCCACUUCAACGGGCCUUUCCUAUCGUUAGCUUCGAACCUAGGUCUUCUUGUCGGUGCCGUAUUUUGGGGUCUUGGAUGUGACAUCUGGGGAAGGAGGUGGUCUUUCAACGUUACACUGUUUAUCGCUGGAAUAUUCGGAUUAGCAUCAGGCGGAGCUCCUAGUUUUGUUGCCCUAGCCUCUUUGAUUGCUAUGGUUGGUGUCGGCGUGGGAGGCAACAUGCCAGUGGACUCUGCUGUUUUUCUUGACUUUGUCCCAGGUUCCCACCAAUACUUGCUCACCAUCCUGUCCAUCUGGUGGUGUCUCGGACAAUUGUUGUCCAGUCUCGUUGCUUGGCCCCUGAUUGCUAAUUAUUCUUGUGCCAAUGCCUCAGACUGCACCAAAUCCAACAAUAUGGGAUGGCGUUAUCUCUUGCUCAUCCUCGGCGGAAUAACUCUUUUCUUGUGGGCCAUUCGGUUCUUCAUCUUCACGUUGUUGGAGAGUCCGCGUUUCCUCUCUGGCAUCGGUCGUGACGCUGAUGCCGUUGAGAUCAUCCACAAAUUGGCAAAAUUCAACGGAAAGACGUCUACACUCACUGUAGAAGAGCUUGAGGCUCCCGGCAGAACAAUGACAGGCAGUCGUGCAUCCUCCGGGGUAAGGUAUAAGAUAUUGAGCAAGAGUUCCACGUAUGGCACUGGACAUAUCAAAGCUCUCUUUGCGACUCCCAAAAUGGCUUGGUCGACUAGUCUCUUGAUCGCUAUCUGGGGUGUUAUCGGACUUGCCUCCACGCUGUAUAACAAUUUCCUGCCAUAUUUACUUUCCAGCCGUGGCGCUGUCUUCGGGGACGGAUCCCUGUACAUUACCUAUCGCAACCAAGUCAUCUUAAGCGUCAUGGGUGUCCCCGCUGCCUUGCUUGCUGGGUGGGCAGUGGAGCUCCCAUACAUAGGGCGCAAGGGUACUCUUGCCAUUGCCUCAGGGCUCACUGGCGCGUUUUUGUUCGCGACCACCACCGCCCAGACAUCUAACCAACUCUUGGGAUGGAAUUGCGGAUAUGUGUUUUUCAGCAACAUCAUGUAUGGCGUCAUGUAUGCUAUUUCUCCCGAGAUUUUUCCUGCGAAAGAUCGCGGAACGGGGAAUGGUCUGACGUCCACAGCGUCGAGGGUGUUUGGUGUUCUGGCCCCCGUCAUUGCGCUGUAUGCUAACCUUGCGACGGCGGUACCUGUGUAUAUCGCUGGGGCUUUGGCGAUUUUUGCUGGUAGCCUGGCUCUCUUGUUGCCCUAUGAGCCCAGAGGUAAGGUUUCGAUCUAGAGUUUUUUUACUUGAAAUACCACGUUUCGAUUGCUCGUGGAACUUGAAUUGUAGGUGAUCAUGAUGUAUUAGAAUACAAUAAAAUAUCCAAAGGAUUGCUCUGGUGCUUGCUCAACUGUUGCUUGCUCACCGUCGGAUAAUAAGAUCUGGCAGAUUGUAAGACAAGUCAGUGCUCUGGGAAUUGGGAACGGAAGAAAGCAGAAGGGAUUGUUGGGUACCAAGUCUAGUCUCAGCUUACUGUUUCCUCUUGGGA